AUGUCAUCCACGACCGCCAUCGCGGCCCAGCUCCGCCCCUCGAGCGCCUUUCGCGCCUCUACCCGCCGCGGAUGCGCCCGCGGCGUCGCCCCGACGUCCCGUCGCGUUCGGACGAUCGCCAGGGCUGAGCAGCGAACGACCGUGGAGCCCAUCUCGCUCGACGACAACGUGCCCUUCUACCAGGUCCGCGCCAUGGUCCGCCCUUGGCGCCUCUCCGGCGUCAUCGACGCGCUCAACAAGUACGGCAUUCGCGGUCUCACCACGUACACCGUUCACGGCGCGGGCGUUCAGAUCGGAACCGUGGAGCGAUACGCGGGGAGCACCUUCGACGAGUCCAACGCGAACCUCGUCGAGAAGGUUGUGGUGGAGAUCGUCGUCGUCAGAGAGCAGUGCCAGGAGGUGGUGGACGUCAUCGUGGACGCCGCGCAGACCGGGGAGAUCGGCGACGGGAAGAUCUUCCUCUCGCCGGUGCACGACAUCGUGCGAAUCAGGACCGGGGAGGUUGGAGCAGCCGCGGAGAGGAUGGCGGGUGGCAGAUCGGACAUGAAGGCCAAGGUGUGA